UUUAUCUAAAAAAUAACAUUUUGACGUUUCAUUAUUUGUAAUAUUUCUGAAAUUCACUGAGUAUGGUGGUCCUUCCUUUCCUCCUCUGACUGAGGCUACAAGAGAAAGCGACAGAAGGGGACGCUGGCCCUUUAACAACAACCAAAGAAGUUGUGGUGUUACGUUAAAUGAAGAAACGAUAGAGUGAGAGACAUUCAGAGAAAGAAGAGGACACGACAGACCGACAGCCGUUUGGUCUCGCUCUGGGGGUCGACCGCUACACGUGCACGAGAAGCGGCAGAGCAGCGGCAGAGAAAGAGUGAGCGGAGAACGGAUUCCUCUUUGUGUACUCCAUAAUUAUUAUUAGUAGGCUAGUAAUCCUACAAUUGUCGUUUGGUGGGUUCGUCAUUAAUAACAGUUUAAACUAUAGGGAGAGUAGAGGAGAACUGUGCCACUGUAAUCGCUAUGGCCGCUCUAUCAGGAGGAGAAAUGUGCGUCAAAUACCUGAUGUUCGCUUUCAACCUCAUCUUCUGGCUUGCAGGUACAGGAGUGCUGGCUAUAGGGUUGUGGUUGAGGUUUGACCCAAAGACCAGAGGACUGUUUGAAGGAACAGAAUCUCCCUAUGUCUUCUUCACAGGUGUGUAUAUCCUGAUAAUAGCAGGGUUGUUGAUGAUGGUGGUGGGGUUCCUGGGAUGCUGUGGUGCGAUUCAGGAGUCUCCCUGUAUGCUGGGGCUGUUCUUCUUCUUCCUCCUCAUCAUAUUUGCCAUUGAGGUCGCCGCUGGAAUCUGGUGUUUUUCCAACCAAAGCAAGGUGGUUGAUGACAUCACUCAAUUCUACAUGGAGACAUAUCAGAACUACCAGAACACUCGACAGGACACACUGAGGGAGACACUCCGUCUCAUACAGACUGGGUUGGACUGCUGUGGUACAGGUUCCGUUGUGGACUCUGCCAAAGACACCUGUCCCCCAAGAGACGGGCUGGAUAGCCUCAUCACCAAGAGCUGUCCUGAUGCUAUAGAUGAAUUGUUUGACUCCAAGCUGCACAUCAUAGGAGGAGUGGGCAUCGCCACUGGAGUUAUCAUGAUGUUUGGGAUGAUCUUCAGCAUGCUGCUCUGCUGUGCCAUCAGGAAGUCACGGGAGAUUGUCUGAGGAUGUCAUCGUUACCAUGACGGUGGCCGUUAAUGUUGCAUGAUGUCAUUCCUAGUCACAUGAAUUCUGUCAACCAAUAGAGAGGCUGUGUCUUGAGAACAGUCGGCCUGAGUGCUAGCAGCUGUUCAGGUCCACUGGCCAACCAACUGCCAUUUAGUUAGAGCCGCUAACCUCUGUAACAAGGAUCUGCUACACCUGGUUCACCUGGCAUUAAGUGUGCAAGCGUUGCAAAAUAAAUAUAAACAUGCAUGUUAUUCAGUAAUUUCAUCCAAACUGCUUGCACGUAUCAACUGGCGUCUGUGUAUCCAGGCACUAAAAUAGAACUUGGUUCUAUUUUAGAUGCUUGAUGCUGCAAGAUCCUCCUCUCCCAUCUAUUCAUUAGUUUUUACGAGCAUACUAACCCACGUGGGUGAUUGAAAGAUGAGGUCCACACUCCAGUCCAGUUGGUGGCAGUAAUGCACAUUGAAGUUGGUUGCCAACCGCCAUAUAAAAUCCACAGAAGAAGAAGGACUAUGAAUGAGGAGAGAUUAAUCAAAGAAAACUAACUAAGAACUAACUAGGUUUUCCUUUAUAUGAGUGGAUUAAUUGUCGAAGUAGAGAACACACAACUUUGUAUGACUCAAAAUGGGUAAAAAUUCUACAAAGAUCCAGUCCCAUAAUUACUAUAGUUGGUGGACAGAUGGUUUUGGUAUUUUAACGCGUCUGGUAGGGAUAGACAAAAUCAAUGUUGAGCCGGUUUGGUCAGCAUGUAAUCACAGCGCUGCACAAAUCACCUUGGCUGUGUUUGCACAAUUCUGAUCUUUUUAUCACUCAUUUGUUUUUUGACCAAUCAGACCAAAAAUAUCUAAUGUCAUGAAGUGAUCUAGAUUAGCUAAUCUGCACAGUGCUUUUCUCAGGCUGAUCCUCUUGAACACAGUGAAUCUGCCCAGUGCACAGGUUGACCCUCCUAAAUCAUCAUGAUGAUAACAUCAACAACAUGCAUGCCAGUCUUUCCUGGUUGACUACAACUCAUCCUCUCCGUCUCUUUCUCUACCCAAUUUGAAAAUGCCUUGAAGUCUCUGACUGUUUUUAUCUAGGUGAGUUGUAGUCAGUUUUACAGCAUAUCUAGGUCUCUCCUAGAUAAGAAACUUUUAUAACACCCUUGCCAUCUUACACAAAACAAAUUAGCCAAAUAAAAUGUAACAUCUGAUCUUCA